CAACUCUUCGCCGACAGCGCAGACGCAGCGAUCAGAGCGGUUUUGGAGUUCGUUGCGACCGGUCGCGAGUCCCAGGCACAGUGGAGCCCCCUUACAGAGUCCCUGGAUCGAGUCCGAAUCGCGAGUGAUCACCUCAUUGUCGUAGUUUGUCGCAGUGCGUGUCGCAGUCCAGGACUAGAAGGUCCUCUGAAAGGAGUACGGAGUACGAGAGACACGCGCAGAUACGCAGAUACACACAGUUCAGACACACUCUCAGAUACAGUGAGGCAACCGUUAGCUAGCCGUUAGCCAUGCUGGCAAUGAAGGAUAAACCUUGGCUGCUGCUAUUUGGCCUAUUGGCCGCAUUAAGCUGUUUCGACUUCGGAGAUGCCGCCUACCCGUACUACGGCACCAAGAUCGGGGCCCUGACCCGGCUGCACCACGGGGUCUCCGGCGACGUGUACGCCGUGGAUUCGCGGACCAUCUUCAUCAAGAAGUUCAACUAUGACGGCGAGGCCCCGGCCGCCUACUUCUACGUGGGAAACACGGCCAAGCCCAGUAACGAGGGCGCCGCCCGCCUGAGGGACGAGCGGGGAGGCACCGCCUCGCUGACCCGGCGCUAUCGGAACAAGGACAUAACCCUGUCGCUGCCCGAAGGCAAGACUCUGCGGGACAUCAAGUGGUUCUCCGUUUGGUGCGACGAAUUCGCUGUGAACUUCGGCGAUGUAGCCAUUCCGGCCAACCUGGACUUUCCCCGGCCGCAGAAGAUUAGUGCCCUGAGGGGUGUCCACGGAGUGGCCUCCGACAACAUCGUGAUCGUCGACGCCCAGACCCUGCUGGUGCCCAACUUCAGCUACGACGGGGAGGCGCCAGAUGCCAAGUUCUGGGUGGGCCGAGGACAGCGCCCCACGCCGGAGGGCCUCCGGAUCCCGGACGAGAACGGCAAGGAGAACCCUCUGCGGCGCUACGAGCGCAAGACCAUCGUGCUGACCCUGCCGGAGGACCUCACCAUCUUCGACAUCGGCCACUUCGGUGUCUGGUGCGAGGCCUUCACCGUGGACUUCGGCCACGUCCGCCUCCCGGAGGGCCUCAACGUCCCGCCCUCGCUGAAGAUGCUCGGCAUCAGUCCACAGUCGAAGCUCAACUGCGAGGUGCUCUACGACGACCUGGCCUUCGAGGUUCGCUGGGCAGUGGCCGGCGAAAGCAUAGUGGUCCAGUUGGUGGCCAAACUGGAGCCCAACCACUAUAUGUCCUUUGGCAUUUCGCCAAACAGGAACAUAAGUCAGAUGAUCGGCGCCGAUGCCGUGGUAGCCUGGGUGGACCCACAGACUGGAAACGGAUUCGCGCAGGACUACUUCCUGGAGGGCAAGGCCCAGUGCUCGGGUGGGCGUGGCGCCUGUCCGGACACCAAGAUUUCGGAGAAAACCAACUCGAUUAGACUGCUGAACGCCGCCAUGGUGAAUGGCUACUCGAUCGUCACCUACCAGCGGUCCCUGGCCGCCACCGAUCGCCUCGACCUGCCCAUUUCCGUGACGGAUGCCGAAUCGGUGGUCUGGGCCAUUGGCCCUCUGAACGAUUACCAGGAGGUGUCGUUCCACACCUUCUACAACAAGCACCUGCACCAGAUCGAGUUCGGCCGCCAGCCGAAGUGGAACUGCCCCUUGCCAGAGGGCGCCCGUCCUGGAAGUAGCUCCUCCGACGAGCCCGAUGACUCUGCCUCUGCUCCGGCGCAGAGCUCGACGGGGGGCGCGGGCUACCCGCCGGCUGGCAGGCCCAAGGGAGAACCCGAGGAGGAGUUUUAUGAGAAUCGGGCUGAGGCACUGCAUCGCCAGCCGCCCCAAAGGCGCCAGGAAACCGCGAUCGUCACCCAACGGAGGCCGGUACCCACUCCAAAGCCGGUGAAUAGCAACGGGGCCUGGGACAUCCCAGCUAUUCAGUGCCAUGAGCCAGAGGAUGGGGUGUUCUAUGCCCAAAUGGGUCCCACUGGGGGAAAGCAUGGAUAUCCGGCCAUCACAGGUCACGUUGGCUGGGGUAUUUCCUGGUACAUUAACGGACUUCUGAUUCCGGAGAUUCACGUUGUACGCGGCAGGACCUACACCUUCGUGGUGGAAGGCGGCAAUAACCCAGACAUUCCAGCCAAAUACCAUCCGUUCUACAUCAGCGACGAUCCUGUCGGAGGAUACGAACACAAACGCGAGGAGGAAAAGAAGGCCGUUCGCAUCUUUGCGGGUGUGCACCGCUCCCGUUCCGGUCAGGUGACACCCACUGGCGUGGGUCGCCUCUGCAACUGGACUCCUGACGUAGAGGGUCCUCCGGCGGACGACUACCAGUCCUUUGGCGCCUACCAACGCACCCUCACUCUGAAGUGCGACUCAGGAGAGCCGGGCGUCAUCAGCUGGAAGCCGGAUAGGAACACGCCGGACACCGUGUACUAUCACUGCUUCACUCACCGCUACCUGGGAUGGAAGAUCCACGUCCACGACUCUUGUGACUCGGAGGCGGGCGGACUCAAGGCAUCGGCCUCUGAAAGACACGAGAUCAGAAUUCCCGCCGAGUCCGCUCCCGUGAUCGAAGAGCUCGCCGGGGAGACGGCAGCAGCCUCACUGAGGCACGAAACAAAGGUCAGCGCCAACGAUAAUUUUUUAUUGAAGCACCAAACCGAUUUGAUUAAGAACCACAAUAUGAAUGGGACACCGCCCAAACUAAGCUUUGAAAUAACGAAAUCUUCGGAAAUAACCAAACUGAUUUCAGAUGGCAUCCGCGCUGCUGAGGCUCUCGAGGAGAGCCUACUAAGGAGUCAGUCCCCCCAACCGCAACAUUUCCACCAGAAACCGAUUCCAAAACCGAACUUGUACCCGAGCCAGAAACCGAACCCGAUUUUCCAACUGAACCCGAACCUGAAUCCAAGCGAGAGCAGCUCAAUACCCGAGAUUCUGCUGGGCGAGACCCAAACUCAUCCAAAAUUUAACGCAGCUCCAUCCGCAUCCCCAUUUCCAUCCGCACCCGCAACUGUAUCACCUCCCCAAAACCUAAAGCUGCCUAUCCUCGCGGCUGCCCCCCAUCUCGUCCAUCCACACCUCCAGCACUUGCAUCGCUUGCAUCCGCACCACUUGCACCCGCAUGCAUCUCAGUCCCAAAUCCAUUUGCAUCAUCACAAUCUAACUGCUAAUCUUCCAGCGUUGACCCAGAAAACCAUUGGCUUGUCGGAGUUUCUGCGGCCGCCGCAAAACGCUCCGCUCUUUCAUCCAGUGAAGCUUCCAGGACGCCGGCCGUUUCCCGCUCCCAUAAAAAAGGUUCCAGCCUCCCGACCAGCUGUGCUGCCUCAGCAGCACCCGCACCCGGUUAUAUUGCAGCAGCCUUCCCUUAUUGUGAGUCACUACAGGAAGCCGGUGCCGGGUCUGCUCAAGCCCUUCGUCAAGGAAAAGCCGUUUCCCCUGCAGCCUCUAGCUGCCUCAGUGCUUCUCCUGGGCCAGCCCACGGAACUGGGAGGUAUAGAAGCGGGCUCCAAGCCGAAAAGUAAGCUAAAAAUUCCAGUUCCCUAUGGCGAUCUGGAGCCCCAGGGGUCCAUAAAGAACAACGCCUUCUUGAACCACAAAAUCAAGGGGAAUCAGAUGUCAGGGGCGAGCCCUCCGCCAACUUCCAGCCCGGUAGCCGUCACUACAAGAGAAUCAACAGAGCUAGUGAAACGUAUUCCGAUCAAGGAACCCUCCUUGGAGGAAAUCGCCAGCAUGAAACCAGCCGUGAAUCAUGGCUUCAAGCCCGACACCGUAAUCGUGGAGAGCGGGUUUCGUCCCAUUAUGCGGACUGAUGGCAGUGGUGUCCAGUUGCCAAAGGAGAUUAUUGACCAGGUGGCCCAUCGACGCGAAGAUCCUGGCAUCGAAAUCGACGAGGUAAUGGAAACGGACACCCUCUUCCUGACAGCUCAAAACGGUGGCGGUGAGACACAAAGCUUCGAACCGAUGUUCAUCCCCUCUCCAUUGGACAGCACAAACUCUUCCAAAAUGUUGGAGAACACCAAUGGGCUGAAGGUGAAUCCAACGGCUUCGGCUCUAAGGUUGCCCACGGCGGCGCUGGAGCACACUCUGUCCUCCGACUCGCAGUUCAAAAAGCCCACACUAGACGAACUUUUAGACGAUGAGUUAGACGCACAUCUUAAAGCUGAAGCUGAAGAAUACGAUCCUGAACGGGAGCGAUUAGACGAUGUGAAGCUAGAGGGAAAGAUUACAAAUCCAACUACGGACUCAACUAGCACUAGCCGCUCACCGGAUGUCGGAUUCUUGACGGAUUUGUUCGGGCCCGACGCAGUCGAUGAAGAGCUUUACGUGGAUGAAAUGGAGCAGGAAGCUGACGAUCGCAUAGCAUCUGCAGCAGAACGCAUAGACACUUACUACCUACCGCCGGACAACCGGAAGAUUCCCCACGCCAGCCUUCCCAGCGGAGCUCUCUACACCUUCGAUGGAAAGUCCGUGGUGGACAGCAGUCUCGUGUUACCUCCAAAGCUGGAUGCUCCCAAUGUACGACACUCGUUUGGGAUAACCGCCCUGGAGCAGCUGGUGCGGACCACGCCCCAAUUUGGAGAGUAUAGGGGGGAGCUACCGGAAGAGUUCCGAACCACAGACCCACCACAACCAUUGACAGAUUAUUCCAGACCAGUGCCCUUCAGUCGAAGCCCUGUCAGCAGCACAACUGGAUUCUCUGGCACCUCUAUCUACCCGCAAUCCUCCUCAGGGGCGGCCACAUCCCCAUCAUCAUUGUUGUCAUCGCCAUUGUCCUCAACAUCGCUAAGACCCAUUUCAACCAAAUUGCAUCUACUCAAAGCAAAUGGCAAUAGUGCCAAUGCGUAGGAACCGUAAUAUCGAAAUUAUAAUGAAACUUAGCAUUAUUCGAUUUUGGGCUAUACAACUCAUAACCACUAUCCAUUACAUUUUUUCGUAAUCGUGUAUUAGGCUGUAGUUUUCUUUUUAUCAUUUAUGACUCUUAAUUUUAAAUGAAAACAUGAAUUUUAUUAGCUAAGCUAAACGAUUGUUUAAGCCGCAUUAUAGUCGUUGUGAAAUAAACCAAGAAAUAAUUCAA